AUGUAUCUCCCUCGGAACCUCAUUUCGCACCUCUACCAGCAGCUGCUCCGGUCACAUCAUCCGUUGUCUCCUCCAGUCCUGAUACUCGUGGCAUUGGAACCAGAUGCUCUAUGUGCAUGUCGAAUCCUCACAGCGCUCCUAAAACGAGACUAUAUCCCUCACAAAAUACAGCCUAUUGCCGGAUAUGGCGACCUCUCUCAGGCUGGCACGGAACUCGUGCAUCCAAUGCAUACAUCAAACGGCGGCAGUGGAGGGGUUGUGGUGUGUUUAGGAGUGGGUGGACUGGUUGACUUGAGCGAGACACUUGGCCUGGACGUGAACAAGGACGACCCAGGGGACAUGGGCGGAAUCGACGUCUGGGUCAUCGACGCGCGAAGACCGUGGAAUUUGACAAACGUGUUUGGAGGAAUGGGCGAUCCAGCUACACCGAGAGAAUCUGAUACCCAGGUCAGAGCCAGUGUCAAUGGAGUAGUUCGAGGCCGUUUGACAGAUAUAUACAGGCCAGGUAAGGGGGGCAUCAUAGCCUUUGACGACGGUGACAUUGACGAGGAGCUGGCCGUGGAACGAGAUGCGUACUACACCCUCGAAAGUCUCCCUGAUGUUGGCGAGGAAGACGGCGACGAUGACAUUGAUAGCGGAUCUGACGAGGAGGUCGUAACUCAGAGUAAGAAGAGGAAAUCAUGGUCAGAUCGGUAUGAUGGUGAUAUUGCUGCGUCUGACGACGAGGAUGGUCGCCCAGCUCAACGACGGCGGAGCAAUUCUGGAUCAUCCAUUGCUUCCCCUCUUAGCUUGAGGGCGAGAAGACAUGAUUCUUCUCAAUCUUCACGAUCAGUCUCCCCGGCCUCUGAUGCCCUAUCCGUCAUUCAGCCAAAGGAGCCGUCAACACGAACGUUACGAAGACGCUUACUCCGACUUAAACGGAAACAUGAAUCCGUUCUUCAGGCAUACUAUUCCCUCGGUACAUCUUACUCAGAACCCAUUUCGUCUUUACUAUACUCCCUCGCGUCCGAACUUGGUCGAGAUGAUAACGACUUAUUGUGGCUCGCAAUCGUUGGGGUCUCGAGUCUAGAGCUUUCUGGACGCACGAUGUCAGGCGUAGGAAUAUCGGAUGCUUCUGAAUCAGGAGGCUCAGCUGGAUGGGGAGGACAAAGAGGAGAACGUAUUCGACAGAUCUUGCGUGACGAAGUUAGGCGUCUAAACCCACCAGACGAAGGCGAGGCCGGGCGAGAUGCAAUGAGGAGUGAGAUCAACGGCGUCAUACCCACCCACGCCCGGUCCCCUACCGACACCUCUAUCUUACUAUCCCCAGAACCACGUCUUUUUCUAUUACGGCAUUGGUCCCUAUAUGACAGCAUGCUCCACAGCCCCUAUCUCGCGCCCAGGCUACACGUUUGGAACGAGACAGGACGAAAACGGGCGCGGAAGCUCUUAGCAAAAAUGGGAGUCAGCCUAAGCCAGUGUCAACAGAAUUACACACAUAUGGACAUGGAACUGAAACGUGAUCUCCGCCAGAAGAUGCUCCAGUAUGCUCCAAUGUAUGGCCUGGAAGGGCUGGUCCCUCCAGCGUCCUCUGGUGGACAUUCUGGCACUCGAGAAGGAUGGGGUUUCGUCCGAUGCUGGGGUUGGAAGGCCUGUCUGUCCGCCACUGAUAUUGGCGUAAUCCUUGGAUCCAUACUUGAAGUUGGCUCUCUAGGCCCCUCAACAACCAUAUCACAAGCAUUCUCCUCCCAUCAAAACUCGUCUAACGCAACGCAGGCCAAGCUAGGAGCUGAUAGCUCCAACGUACUGUCCCGAUUCUGGAGUGCAUAUGAUGCCCUGGUGCCUACUUCAGAUUCCCCUACACAACUCCUGGCUUCGAUUCCUCUAGCCCAGCAUCUCCAUCGAGCAAUUUUACGCACGGGAACUGCUCUUCUCUCAAAACACCAGAUUCGUCAUCUUCGUGCUUUCCGCAUUGCCGUCGUAAAAGAUGGGCCCGACGUGAAACUCUUCACAAACCCAGGUGCACUAACGAAACUAGCACUCUGGAUUGGCGAGGCAGUUCGUAUACAAGAGAAGGAAAAAGGAACUGGAAUGAAGGUCGGAAAAAAGCGUGCAGCGGGCACACCGCUGGUGCUCGCUGGCCUGGACGAAGAUCGAAAUGUAUACAUUGUUGUCGGAACUGGUGGAGGUGGUGGAGUCAUCGAUUUUGCUGCCAUGGCCAAACGGCGUGAGGAGCAGCGAAAGAAGAAGGAGGCGCGAGAAAAGAAAAAGGCCGAGCGGGAAGAGCGACGUGCCAAAAGGAGAGCUGAGAUGCAAGAGGAUGAUGAUGAACUAGCCGAGGAGGCAGAAUCCUCCGAAUCAGAGUCGGAGUCAGAUUCAGAAUCGGAGCCAGAGCUGGACGGCUUCAGCAGCAAGAACCUAGUUCGAAACCGUUUCGGUAUCGCAUUCCAAGAGGUUGUCCACGAAACCAACGCGCGAGUGCGAAUAGACAGCUUUGAGCAUUGCGUUGUGGAAGUGCAAAAGGAGGACCUUGGAGCGUUCUUAGAAGCACUCAGCUUCAGGAGUGUGGUUGGAUAA